AUGCCUGACUCCUCUAAUACUCCUGCUUCCUUAGAGGAUGCCAUUCUCAAGCUUGCAGCUCAGCAAUUGUCCAUGGGUGAGACCUUACAAACAGUCACGUUCCAGCUGAAUGAAAUCCUUCAUCGUCUUCCCCCUACGAGUCCCAACACAGGUCCUGCCACAACUACCCCUGUUUCAUCUUCUUCCCCUGCACACCAUCACCGAAUUAAAAUUGAUGUUCCUCGAUUUGAUGGGAGUGACCCCUCUGGGUGGAUCUUCAAGAUCACCCAGUACUUCGAGUACCAUUCAACCCCAGAGGCAGAGAGACUUACCAUUACUGCGUUCUACAUGGAUGGCCGUGCGUUGGCUUGGUUCCAAUGGAUGAACAACAAUGGCCAAUUCACGUCGUGGCCUACUUUUCUUCAAGCGGUUCAGACCCGGUUCGCUCCUUCCCAGUACGAGGACCCUACCAGUGUCUUGUUCAAGCUUACUCAGAGGGGUACGGUGGCCCAGUACCUCGCCGAAUUUGAGGAAUUGGCGAACCGCAUCGUCGGACUCCCCCCACCCUUCCUGCUGAGCUACUUCGUGUCGGGGUUGUCGCCGGACAUUCGCCGCGAGGUCCAGGCCCACCAACCACUGACACUCGUCCAGGCGACGGGUCUGGCUCGUCUUCAGGAGGAAAAGUUCCUCGAUGGCCGCACCCUCUCCCGUACUCGUCACCCCCAACCCAUACACACUCACCCUCAACCCACACACACUCAUCCUCAACCCAACCCCACCCACCUUGAACUUCUUUCCCCCAACCAGAACCCUAAUUCACCCAUGCCCCUGCGCUCAGUCCCUACCCCACCUAUGCUACCACCACCCCUGCGUCCCACCCCUUCACCUGUGAAGCGCCUCACCCCAGAGGAAAUUGCCUCUCACCGGGAGCGAGGGCUUUGCUUCACGUGUGACGAGAAAUACCACAGAGGGCAUCGCUGUGCCUCUAGGGCAUUUCUUCUGGUCGCUGAGGAAGACGAACCCCUCCCAAGCCUUAUAAACCCCCCUGACCCACAACCCGACCCAGCCCCACCUGACCCGACUGACCCGUACCCGGCCCAGAUUAGUUUUAAUUCAUUAGCUGGACAGGUGGCUCCCGAAACGCUGCGUUUCAUGGGCUUCAUCAGAGACCGCCAGGUCGUCUUGCUGGUGGACGGUGGGAGUACCCACAACUUCAUCCAGCUCCAGCUAGUUUCAGAAUUGGGUCUCUCCACACGUGACACUAGCCCCUUGCGCGUCAUGGUAGGUAACAGACAACAUUUGGAAUGCACGCGCGUCUGCGAGGAUGUCACGGUGGUUAUUCAGAGCACUCAGUUCACCGUUGACUUGCAUGUGUUACCCAUUGCCGGUGCGAACGUUGUUCUGGGGGUGCAAUGGUUGAAGUCCCUCGGACCGGUCCUCACCGACUAUAACACGCUAUGCAUGAAGUUCUUUCAUACUGGAAAUUUGGUAGAAUUAAAAGGGGACACUGAGACCACUUUAAACUUCAUAUCUUCCACCCAAUUCCAUCAUCUCCGACGACACCAACCAACCAGUCUAUACUUCCAUGUUGUGAUAUUACCGGAGCCCCCUUCCAUCCAAGCUAAUCCUAUUCCCCCUCCACAAAUUCAGGCCAUCCUUGACCGAUAUCACACUUUAUUCCAACCACCCAGUGCUCUUCCCCCGCAACGAGAGACCGACCACCAUAUCCACCUUCUGCCCCAAGCCACACCCGUAAAUGUCCGGCCCUAUCGUUACCCUCACUUCCAGAAACAGGAGAUUGAGCAGCAAGUUGAACUUAUGCUACAAAAGGGCAUGAUACAACCCAGCAAUAGCCCUUUUUCCUCUCUGGUCUUGCUUGCCAAGAAGCAAGAUGGAUCAUGGAAAUUUUGCGUGGAUUAUCGGGCACUCAAUGCUCUCAACAUUAAAGACAGUUUCCCGAUACCUACUGUAGAUGAAUUGUUAGAUGAAUUAGGAGGUGCUCAUUACUUCUCCAAGCUCGAUUUACUUCAGGGGUACCAUUAG